AUGAGUACGGAGUGUCAAGAUGCGCCCUUAGACGAGAAUAUGGUCGACGACAGUGAGUCGCUAGGGACAUCCUCUUGCUCCUCAAUAUCUACUGAAGUGAGCGAAUAUGGCAUGGAGAUACUGAAUGAGAAUGAUAUCGAGGAGAUCAAGACCAGAAUCCUCAUGGCUCUUCCUAUUCACGACUUCAUUGAGAUCCAACCCAUCCGAUCCAUCAUAGAAAGCUUUACGCAGCAACAGUUGGCAGAUAUUGUUGGGAAGUUCCUGGAGCUCGAUAAGCUUAGAGUCAACCAACAAAGCUUGACAACAUACAGUAUGAUAUACUGCCACCCUUCACCAAACCUGAUGCGUUUUAUUCAAAGGCACCUAACGAAAGACGUACCAUGUCCUGGCGAUGAGAGGGCUACGAAGGUGCUUACAUUCGAUGACAUUGACAAUGGUUUCCACAAGAAGAGUAAGUCGGAACUGAUAGAGUUGUUGGAAGAGACACUCAGUGCAUUCCACGCCUCGAAAUUAUAUGCUGUUCUGGAGGAACAAAUCCAAGCGUUGCCAGAAGAGGAAAGAGAGCAAAUUCACACUGAAGCGCGCCGGAUCUUUGGUGAUUUGGACUCCAUGAGCUCUGGGGGUAGUGGGGAGGGUUGGUGA